GGGUUUGUAUAACUAUAUAAAAGAUAUACAUAGCGCUGAGCUCUAGCUGCCGAAACUAGAGGACACCGAGUUCUACUCUUGCGUAUAUUAGGAGUGCUGUUUUUCCGAUCGAUCAAGUGAAGAAAGUAAAAUAAGUGGAUCAUUCCGAAGAGUAAGUGAUCCUAAGAUCUGUGCGCAGGGCUGAUAAUUCAGUCAUAAUUGGUUAGACGAAACGGGAAACAAACCAUUCGAUCGACGAUGCGAGAGGAAGCGCGCACGAUGGUGGCGACGAGAAGCACCACCAGCCGCCGUUGCUUGACGUGGUGGUGGCUCGCCUGCUGCUGCUUCGUUUCUUGGGUGGCCUCGUCGUCGUGGACGGCGGCGGCCUGUGUCGCCGUGUCGAGCCUGCCCGGGUUCGACGGCCCAUUGCCAUUCUCCCUCGAAACCGGGUACGUGGAAGUGAACGAGAGCACUGGCGUGCAGCUCUUCUACUACUUUGUCCGGUCAGAGAAGAAUCCUGAUCUAGACCCACUUUUGCUCUGGCUAACAGGUGGGCCUGGCUGCUCUAGCAUCUCUGGCCUAGCCCAUGAGAUAGGGCCAUUUCAAUUCGCUGCAAAACGAUACUAUAGUGGAGGAUUGCCCAUAAUUAUCUACCGACCAGAGACAUGGACUAAGGUAAGCAAUAUAAUCUUUGUGGAUUCUCCUGUAGGGGCAGGGUUCUCAUAUGCAGCCACAGAGGAGGGUUCCAAGUCUAGUGAUACCAAUGCUGUGAAACAACUUCUAAUUUUCCUUAGAAAGUGGCUUCAUGACCAUCCCCGGUUCUCACUGAAUCCACUCUAUAUUGGAGGUGACUCAUAUAGUGGAAUGAUUGUACCUACACUUACACUUGCAAUUGACGAAAGCAAUGGUUCAGAAGAAAAACCAUUUUUUAAUCUCAAGGGAUACAUUGCUGGAAAUCCAGUGACAGAUUACAAGAUUGAUGAAGAUGGUAGAAUUCCAUUUCUGCAUGGCAUGGGACUUAUAUCUGAUGAACUUUACGAACAUGCAAAGGAGACCUGCGGAGAAAAAUACAGUGCUCCGAGCAAUGCUCAAUGUGCGCAUUCCGUCCAAGCAAUAAACGAUUGCACAAAGGACAUCAACAGGGGACACAUUCUUGAGCCAUUAUGUGAAGAACUCCAGAGCCCCAUCCAUAACACUGCAGCGAGAGAUGUAAUGAGUAGGCUCAUGCUGGAGUCUCGUCCUGCUGCUGCCGAUGAUGACAUUAUUAUAUUUGAGUGUAGAAAAGCUUCCCACGUGUUAUUAAAAAUAUGGGCAAAUGAUGAAACAGUAAGGGAGAGUCUUGGUGUGCAAAAGGGAACAGUUGGAGAGUGGAAACGAUGCAAUCGCGAUAUAGAUUACAAUAGCGAUGUCCGUAGUACAGUGGAAUAUCAUUUGACGCUAAUGAGAAAGGGAUACCGAGCAAUCAUAUACAGCGGUGAUCAUGAUUCUAGAGUUCCCUCCAUUAGCACACAAGCAUGGAUUAGAUUACUUAACCUUUCUAUUGCUGAUGAUUGGCGACCGUGGUACGUUGAUGGACAAGUUGCCGGAUUCACACGAAGCUUUGCGAGUAAUAACCUGACAUACGCAACUGUGAAGGGCGCUGGGCAUACUGCUGCAGAGUAUAAACCCAAGGAGUGUCAAGAGAUGUUUGCAAGAUGGAUUUCAGGCACUCCUCUCUGACGUAUAUUGUUCAAGUCACCUGUAAAAACAUAAUCAAACGAUCAUAUGAGAGGUAAAAUAAAGAUUUGCUGCUUGUAAUAAUUACUCCGUUCGGGCUGAUAAUACUUGUCGUUUUGGACAAGAGUGAAGUUAAACUCUAGAAUCUUUGAUUAUGAAUCAUUUUAAAAAUAUUUGUCUUCCAAAUAUGAUGACUACAUGUAUAGAUUAGUCUUAAAAAAUACUUUAAUAAGAUCAUAUAUUUGCUAA